AGGUGUUGUUGCUCAUCGGACCGGGCGUCCUUCUGAGGCCGCAGCACCAACAACACACACACACACACACAUAGUAAAGGAUUCUUGGGCUGCUUCGUAUGGUGUCCUCGUAGAAGCGCCAAAAUAACUGGCAAUUCGGUAAUGGCGCUCUUUACCCUCACGGAGAAAGAUGGCACACUCUCUCACCGCACACGAGGCGGUGCUGACGGUGACCACGUGUGUCGGCAGCAAAUCCACCGCCUCCGAUGUUGCUGAUCACGAUGCGGUACGCGUCGCACCGCCGCGCCAGCGCUGCGUCGAGCACGUCUUCCACUACGUGUGUCAGGUACCGUGGAUUGCGGUAAAGCCACCGGAGACACAUCAAAGGAAGCGGCGGUAG